AUGUUAAUUUUCUUGCCCUCAAAUGUGAUGUCUUCUAUGAUAGUGAAGAAAUGGCAGAUAAAACAAAUGAAGUUGAAGGAUGAAAGAACGAAGAUGGUGAACGAAGUUCUCAGUGGAAUGAAAGUUGUGAAAUUAUAUGCUUGGGAAAUACCAAUGGAGAAGCACAUUGAUCAGAUAAGGCAGAAAGAGCUGGCUUUACUACGUAAAAUCACCCUUACCAGGAAUGCUAUAGAUUCCUUCAACACUGCAAGCCCAUUUUUGGUUGCUCUGUUCUCAUUCGGCACCUUCAUAUUCACAUCACCGUCACAUCUGCUCACACCACAGGUGGCGUUCGUAUCUCUGACUCUGUUCAAUCAACUACGCUCUCCCAUGGCUGUGAUAGCGUACCUCAUAAAUAUGAUCGUGCAGGUAAUGGUUUCCAACAAAAGGCUCAAGGAAUAUUUCGUAGCCGACGAACUCGAUCCCGAUGUCGUGGAUAAAGAACUUCGAAAAGGUAACCACAUCGGCUUUGAUCUUAUUAUAGCCAUGAAUAUGGGUCAUUAG